AUGACAGAAAAAGGCUCGCAGUCGGAGGAGCUCUCCCUCCAGGAUGUCCAGGCGCAGGUUGAUGGGCUCAAAAACGACAUGAAGACGAUGCACGAGAGAUUUGAUUCUACGAUCACUUCGUCGAAUGCGCGUUUUGAUCAGCUCGACCUCGCUGAUACAGCUGCCCACACCACGCUCGAGUCGAUCACGACUCGUCUUGAGGCCAUGACGACACAGCUUCGGACCAUGUCGACACAGCUCACGGAGUUGCAAAAUGCACGUGACUACGGCGCCGACACCGAGCUAGAUGAAGACAAUCGUCGUGGUCAUGCUCGUAGGGUACGUGUUCCUAUUAAUGAUUCUUUUGCCAAAAUAAAAUUUAAGAUUCCUACUUUUACUGGCAAAUAUGAUCCGGCUGCUUAUCUUGAUUGGGAAUUAGAAGUUGAACAAAAAUUUGCCUGCCAUGAUAUUCCUGCUAAUUUACAAGUUAAGGCUGCUAUUAGUGAAUUUACUGAAUUUGCUUUAAUUUGGUGGCGUGAGUAUAGACAAAAAUAUCCUGCUAAUAUUCCAGCCACUUGGACGGCAUUAAAAGCUGCUAUGCGUCAUCGUUUUGUGCCGUCAUAUUUUGCUAGAGAUUUGCUUAAUCAAAUGCAGCGUUUUCAACAAGGUUCGCUUUCCGUAGAGGAUUAUUAUCAAGCUUUGCAAAAGGGUAUGAUUCGCUGUGGUUUAGUUGAACAGGAUGAUGCUGCUAUGGCUCGUUUUAGAGGUGGUUUAAACCGUGAAAUUCAGGACAUUCUUGAUUAUAAGGAUUAUGAUGACAUGACCACCUUAUUUGAAUAUGCUUGUAAAGCUGAACGCGAAGUGCAGGGACGGCGAUCUUCGACACGCACUAAUCAUUUUGCAGGUUCGAGCAAGGCUCCUACACCAGCCCCACGGUCGACGCCCCCUACUUCCUCUUCCACCCCGCGCGAGUCGACCUCUUCAUCGACCGCACCUUCGCGCGACUCGUCGGCCAAGCCGACCGCGCCUCCGGCCAAGCCCGCGCCGUCAUCUGGACGUGCUCGCGAUAUUCAGUGUCAUCGUUGCAAAGGGUUUGGUCAUGUAAUUCGAGAUUGCCCCAACAAACGGACCAUGCUGAUUCGUGACGACGGUGAGUAUUCUUCCGCUAGUGAUUCUGAGGAUGUUCAACAUUCUAUGCUUGCUACUGACCAUGCAGAUAAUACGGAGCUUCAUGUCGACUCUAGUGCCGCCGACAGGUAUGCAAAUCUUGUUGUGCAGCGUGUUCUUAGUACACAGGUCGUUCAGGACGAAAAGAAUCAGCGCCACAACAUUUUUCAUAUCAAAGGCGUCGUGCAAGAACGAGCGGUCCGUAUAAUCAUCGAUGGUGGCAGUUGCAACAAUUUGGCUAGUACGACCUUGGUGGAGCAGUUGUCAUUGCCAACAAGGAAGCAUCCACAUCCUUAUCAUGUUCAGUGGCUUAAUGAUGGCGGCAAAAUAAAGGGUCAGAAAAUUGUUAUUCAUCCUAUGACACCUGAACAAGUUCUAAAAGAUGAUAUUGCUAGAGCGGCAAAAGCUGCAAAAUUGAUUAAAUCACCUCCUGUUGCACCUGUUCAACCUGAGAUUAAAUUGCAUAACCCUAUCUUGCUUGCUACACGUGCUGAUUUUGAUGAAUUACAUGAUGCUAAUUUGCCUUGUUAUGCGCUCGUUUGCUCUCGUUACAUUCGUGAGUCUCUUAGUCCUUGUUCGGUUCCUGUUUUGCUUGUUCCUAAGAAAGAUGGUUCAUGGCGUAUGUGUGUCGAUUGUCGUGCAAUUAACAAUAUUACAAUUCGUUAUCGAUAUCCUAUACCACGCCUUGAUGAUAUGCUUGAUGAACUUAGUGGUGCCACAAUUUUCUCUAAGGUUGAUUUGCGUAGUGGUUACCAUCAGAUUAGAAUGAAACUAGGAGAUGAAUGGAAAACGGCAUUUAAAACAAAAUUUGGCUUGUAUGAAUGGUUGGUUAUGCCGUUUGGUUUGUCUAAUGCUCCUAGCACUUUUAUGCGCUUAAUGAAUGAAGUUCUUAGGCCUUUCAUUGGAAUAUUUGUUGUUGUUUAUUUUGAUGAUAUUCUUAUAUACAGCAAAUCCAUGAAUGAGCAUUUAGAUCAUUUGCGUGCUGUUUUUGAUGCUUUGCGUGCUACUCACUUGUUUGGUAACAUGGAAAAAUGCACUUUUUGCACGCAACGUGUUUCGUUUCUUGGCUAUGUUGUCACUUCACAGGGAAUUGAGGUAGAUGGCAGCAAGGUGGACGCCAUUCAAAGUUGGCCUCAACCGACGACGGUUACACAGGUUCGCAGUUUUCUUGGUCUUGCAGGUUUCUAUCGUCGUUUUGUGAAAGAUUUUAGCACCAUCGCUGCACCGUUGCACGAAUUGACCAAGAAGGGUGCGCCAUUUGAGUGGGGCGCACCACAGGAUGAAGCCUUCAACACUUUAAAGGAACGGUUAACUCAUGCUCCUCUCUUGCAAUUGCCUAAUUUUGAUAAAGUGUUUGAAUUGGAAUGUGAUGCUAGUGGAAUUGGGUUAGGUGCUGUUUUAUUACAAGAUCAUAAACCCAUUGCAUAUUUUAGUGAGAAGUUAAGUGGUGCUGCUCUUAAUUAUUCUACUUAUGAUAAAGAACUUUAUGCUUUAGUGCGAACUUUGCAAACAUGGCAGCAUUAUCUAUGGCCUCGCGAGUUUAUUAUUCAUUCUGAUCAUGAAGCUUUGAAACAUAUUCGAACCCAAACUAAUCUGAACCGUCGUCAUGCUAAGUGGGUCGAAUUCAUUGAGUCUUUUCCGUACAUCAUCAAACAUAAAAACGGGAAGGAAAAUGUGAUUGCUGAUGCUUUGUCUCGUCGUUAUACGAUGCUGUCCCAAUUAGACUUUAAAAUCUUUGGUUUGCAAACUUUGAAAGAUCAAUAUGUUAAUGAUGCUGAUUUUCAUGACAUUGUUUUACACUGUAAAGAUGGCAAACCUUGGGGCAAAUUUCAUAUGCAGGAUGGGUUCCUGUUUCGUGCUAACAAGCUGUGUAUUCCAGCUAGCUCGGUUCGU